AUGGACCCAAGCAUUCUCUCUAGUUUGCAGAACCUACAACUCACAAAAGAAGAAGAAGAAGCUAUUCCCAUCUCAGUCUCAAACUGCCCGGGCCUUUUGGAAGAAUGUUCCCUCAGCCUCUUUGGGCGGCUCCUUGUUGAUCGGCAACAGAACCAACGUGCUUUGAAGAACACCCUCAGAUCAGCAUGGAAAAUGGGUUCAGAUAUGAGGAUUGUGGAAGUUGGAAACAAUAUACUCCAAUUCAAGUUUAGCUCAAAAUUCCAAAUGGAGUGGGUUGAGAGAUGGAAAAAGGGACUGACUUCCACAAACAUUUCCUUCACCCAUUCUCCAUUUUGGGUACAAAUUUGGGGUCUCCCCUUUGAGCAUAUGUCACUGGACGUUAGGAAAGAAAUCGGUAGCAAGCUAUGUACUUUUUUGGAAGUUGAUAGGCGUUCAUGGCAAUCUGACCAAGCAAAGUUCAUGAGAGUUCGUGUGGAGCUGGAAAUUGAUAAGCCUCUAAGAAGAGGAGCUUAUAUUGUAAGCUCUGAAGAGGAACGACUAUGGCUCACAUUCAAGUACAAAAGGCUUCCUACGGUUUGCUUCUUCUGUGGGAAGCUUGGGCAUGAUAAAAAACAUUGCCCAGCAGCAAGGGAUUGGCAGACAGCUUGCCAUCAAUAUGGGGACUGGCUAAAGGCGGGGUGGAAUACAAAAAUGGCAGCCAAGGAAAAAAACCUGAACAAUGAGAUGGUUCGUAUGAUCUCCGGUGAGAAUGAUGCACAGCUCUUGACCGGACAGGGGUUUGUUUCUGCAUCAGCUUCUCUUCAACCUUCUGGUAUUGGAAGCCCAAGUACAAAAGCUCCAUCAGAAACAAAUGAGAAAGAAAAAACUGAGCUGUUGAAUGCGGCCUUGGCUGCCCUUGUUGGUGUUAUUUUUCAGGCCAAAGCUCAAGGAAAAGGAAAACAAAUUUUAGGCAAAGGCAAUCUGAAAAAAGUAGCUUGUGCAAAAGGGAAAGCCAGUGAUGACCAAACUCUCGCGCAAAUGCUGAAAUUUGGAGCAAAGCGUUGGAGAGCGACUGAAGCUUCAGAGGAAGAGACCAUUCGGGCUUCUAAACGCUUAUGCGAACUAGUCAACUUGGGUCCUGCAAUUGAUGCUUGA